AUGACCUCCUUGCCCUGUCCCCUCUCCGGCCGGGAUGUCUCCAAAACCAUCUUCCCGGACAUCGCCCCCGUCCCAUCAACAGUAGUGGCUGCCUACCCGCUUGGCCUGUCUCCCGCCACCGCAGCCGCCUCCGAUCUGCCUUACUCUGGGGCCUAUGGGCAUCUCCUGCCCUAUCCUUACCCCGGGUUGGCGACCCCCGGAGUCUCCUACCUGCCCCGCCAGCAACCCGGGACGCCCUCCCAGCAGGAGCGCAAGGCAGACUCGGAGAAACCACCGCUGAGCCCAGAGCACCCCCAGGUGCCUCUGCAGACUCAGACCAAGAAGCUACGGAAGCCCAGGACCAUCUACUCAAGCCUGCAGUUACAGCACCUCAACCAGCGUUUCCAGCACACGCAGUACCUGGCGCUGCCCGAGAGGGCCCAGCUGGCCGCACAACUUGGCCUUACCCAGACCCAGGUCAAGAUCUGGUUUCAAAACAAACGGUCCAAAUACAAGAAACUCCUGAAGCAGAACUCCAUGGGGCAAGAAGGGGCCUCCUCCCUCUGGGAUCUCCCCAGGGCAGGCAACCUGCCCACAGCCUAUGACAAUUGUACUUUCCAUGGCAGCAAUUUUGGGGUCUGGUAUCAGCAGCCCUCCAUAGAAGUUCUGGCUCCGCCCCAGAUGAUGUAA